AUGAGUACCAUCGAAACGCGAAGCAAGAAGUCACAACCGAAGGAAAAGGAAGUCGGAAGCGACGAAUCGGGAGAUUCGUCUAGAACAGGCGAAACGUCAGGUACAGAGCGAACCACCUGUACAGAACAAACAACUAGCACCAAUCAAACUACGACCACAACAGACUCAAGCAGCACAGCGAAAAACACACCACAAGACGUGCAAAGAAAAGCGACGGGAUCACGGACAUCGCAGAGCAAACGUGCAGAACUAGAAGCCCGUUUAGAACUCCAGCACAGAGAAAAAGAACAGGCAGACGCCGCAGCUGCACUCGCUCGUACUAAAUUGGAGCUAUUGCAACUAGCAGAGAACUCCGACCAAGAACCGGACGAUGAAAACGACCUAGUCAACGAUUGGAUAGACAAAACUCCGCCGCCACAAGAUACCGAAUUUAACCGCAGUAUGAACAUCCUAUCAAACCUAGUAGCAAAGGCAGUUCAACAAACCAACAGUAGUCACGAACACAGAACGGAUACCGCACCAAAGAAACCACCAAUAUAUAUUAACGAUCUGUACCUAUUUGACGGAGAUCCCAUCAACUGGAUACCAUUCAUCAGCCACUACAAGGACACGGCAUCAUUUUUUAGUGACAUCGAAAACACCGCUCGCAUCAGGAAGUCCCUCAAAGGACUUGCAAGACAAACAGUAAAAUCUCUUCUAUACACCAGCACGAACCCAGAAAUAAUAUUAACAGAAUUAGAAAGAAGAUUCGGACAACCUUCAUAUAUAAUAAAAAGCGAAAUCGCAGAACUCGACAAAUUGCCCAAAAUGACUGAAGACAUUAAGGGCAUAGGCACAUUUGCUAGCGCAGUAUUUAACAGCGUAAAUACAAUAAAACAAUUAGACCGAAAGGAAUAUCUUUACUCUACCGAUAUAUCAGAUAGAAUCGUGGGAAAAAUGAGCACCAUAAAGGUUAAAAUAGAAAAUAACAAAUCACGACCAAUAAGAAGAGCCAGAGUUAAUACGGCAAAUCACGAAUCAACCUACGAAAGUGACGAAGAUUCAAACUACGACAGCGAGUUCGAAGAAGAAAUGAGAAUCGUCCUUACCGCCUCGGCAAUAGAAGAAGAAAGAUGUCCCCUAUGCGAACAAUCACACGAUAUUAUCAAAUGCGACAAAUUCACAAAGGAACCCACCAAAGAACGUUGGGAAAUAGUCAAAAGACUAAAGAUGUGUUUCAAAUGUCUCAAAACGAAUCACAGACACUUUCAAUGCAAAACUCAACCUUGUGGCAAGGAUGGUUGCAUCAGAAAGCAUCAUGAGCUACUGCAUCAAGAAAGAUUAAAACCAGACUCUAAUAAGAUAGUUUCAGUAAAUCACAUAGGCACUUCAAAAGCCUACUUAAAAAUAGUACCUGUAGAGCUGUGCGGACCAAAUGGCACUGAGACCGUCAUGGCCUUACUAGAUGAAGGGUCAACAGUCACUCUGCUGGUAGACAAAGUCGCCCACCACAUAGGAGCCUCCGGACCUGCAAAGAGCCUAGUUAUCGAAGGCAUAAGCGGUCAUCAAAUGAAAACGGAAGAAUCAAGACAUAUUAAAAUUCGUAUCAAAGGUUUAUUCUCAAGGACAUACGAAGAUCUUCAGGCACAUACAAUCGGACAACUCAACCUUAUAGCACAAUCCGUAAAGAAAGAAGACAUAGAAGAUUGCCCCCAUCUUAAAGAUAUAGAAGAUCAGCUGAUAUACGAUGGAACGCCACCAUCACUGUUAAUAGGCCAAGACAACUGGCACUUAAUAGUUACAAGAGACUUGAAGACUGGUAGCGCAUCAAAGCCCGUGGCAUCCCUAACCAGCCUAGGAUGGAUACUUCACGGCUUGAAGACUGAAACCUCAAAACCCGUCCUCUUCAUAAAUCACAUUCAUGAAAAAGAAACUGAAGACAUAGAUAAACUAAUUAAAAACCAUUUCAGUCUCGACUCGUUGGGAAUAACAGAAAGAAAACCACUAAAAGAUCCCGAACAACGAGCCAUAGCAAUUUUAGAAAAAACAACUCAUAGAUUGCCCGAAGGAAGAUUCGAAUGCGGAUUACUAUGGAAAUCCGACGAUGAAACUAUGCCACAAAAUAGAAACAGUGCCUUACGCCGCCUACAAGGCAUAGAAAGAAAACUAAAUAAAAAUGAAGACUUCAAAUUAAAAUAUACUCACCAAAUACAAAAUCUAAUAUCCAAUGGAUAUGCCGAACUAGCCACCACAAAACCCACCUCGCCAAGAACCUGGUACCUGCCACAUUUCGCAGUAAUACAUCCACAAAAGGAAAAAUUAAGAGUCGUGUUCGACGCCGCCGAACGCACAAAUGGCAAAAGUCUAAACGAUGCCUUACUAUCCGGUCCUGAUUUACUACAAUCCCUCUUCGGCGUGCUGAUAAGGUUCCGCCAAGGCCCGGUAGCCGUCGCAGCCGACAUCAAGGAAAUGUUUCUCAGAAUCGUAAUACGAGAAGAAGACAGAGACAGCUUACGAUUCCUCUGGAAAGAGAACGAAACAGACGCAGAACCUAAAGAAUACAGAAUGAAGUCGCUAGUAUUCGGAGCAACGUCAUCACCCUGUUCAGCUAUAUACGUUAAGAAUCGAAAUGCUCAAGACUUCCAAGAAAAAUAUCCCGAGGCUGUGAAUGCCAUUCAACGUUGUCAUUAUAUGGACGACUAUUUACAAAGCUUCCCAACAGUCGAAGAAGCAAAAAGAACAAGUAAAGAAGUGGACCUCAUACACAAAAGUGGAGGUUUCGAACUAAGAGGAUGGACAUCGAAUUAUCCAUCCACUAUUAACACAAUGGAAAUCAACCAUCCCGACCACAUUAAUUUGGGAGACCACGAUAAAUAUGGGAAGACAUUGGGCAUGAUAUGGCAAACCAACAACGACGCAUUACGAUUUACUGUCAGCCUUCGCAACACGCCCGAUGACGUCACUAAAGAAACGAGACCACCAACUAAACGCGAAGUCGCAAGCGCUGUCAUGUCAGUAUUCGACCCGCUAGGUUUAGCCACUCCAGUUUUAAUACAAGGAAAAACACUUAUACAGCAACUAUGGCGCACCGGAAUAAAUUGGGACGACCACAUACCCGACACGCUUAGAGACCAUUGGUCAAAAUGGCUCAACAACCUAGCAUGUCUAAAGGAUCUAAACGUUCCACGAUGUACAGAUUCCUGUAACGAGGGGGAACUACAUACCUUCGUAGACGCCAGUGAAACCAUCUAUGCCGCUGCAACAUACUGGAAAACUACUAUGAACAACCAGGUCAGCAUAAAACUAAUAGCAGCAAAAGCCAAGGUGGCCCCACUCAAACCUACCUCUAUACCACGAUUAGAAUUACAAGCCGCAGUGCUUGGCUGCCGUCUAGCAAACAGCAUUCACCAAGAAAUGGACACCAAUAUUAAGAAGAAGUAUUACUGGUCAGACUCUCGAACGGUAUUAGCAUGGAUCAAAUCCGACCCACGCACGUUCAAAACCUUCGUCGCACACAGACUAGCUGAAAUAGAAGAACUCUCAAAAACAUCAGAAUGGAGAUACGUACCCACUAAACAAAACGUAGCUGACGACGCAACUAGAUCGGCACCCCGAAAUUUCGACAGCAACCAUCGAUGGUUCAACGGUCCAGAAUUCCUAAAACUUGACUGCAACGAAUGGCCUCAAGAUCACAGUGAUCGCUCACUACAAGUUACGGGCGAAGAAAAAACACAGACAGUAGCCACGGCGCGUCUCGUUCAACCACCUAUACCAGACGUCAGUCGUUUCUCAUCAUGGACACGUUACCUACGAGCCUCAGCACGCUUCAUACAAAGCGUCGAAGUUUUUAAAACAUUAAUAAAUAAACCCGACAAAGUCACCGCCACUAAACGAAUCGUCAAGGAUAAAGCCUGGAAACCGUAUAAAAAACCCAUAAUACUCGAUGGAAAACACCCGAUUACACGACUAAUCGUGAACCAUUACCAUCAAGAAUACAAUCACGGUAAUCACAACACGAUUAUGAACGAGAUUCGACAGAAAUACUAUGUGAUAUCUCUUCGAAACACCGUCAAAAGUAUAGCAAGAGAAUGCCAAUGGUGUAGAAUACACAAAGCCGUUCCUAUCACAACACCUUUGGGAGACUUACCGGUGGAACGCCUGCAACACAAACAAUACCCGUUCACCUGCACUGCUGUAGAUUAUUUCGGACCAAUAACCAUAAAAAUUGGCAGAAAAACAGAUAAACGCUGGGUGGCUUUAUAUACAUGCCUCACAACGCGAGCAGUUCAUCUGGAGAUUGCUACAUCCUUGUCAGCAGAUAACAUGAUACUCACACUGCGAAGAAUGAUAGCACGUCGAGGGACACCUAAAACGAUGUUUAGCGACAAUGGAACAAAUUUCAUCGGAGCAAAUAAAGAAAUCAAGACAGCGUUUGAAAAAAUGAUAGAUAAAUCCAAAGAAAAAGGAAUUCAAUGGAAAUUCAUACCUCCAGGAGCUCCACACAUGGGAGGAGCAUGGGAGAGACUAGUGCGAUCAGUUAAAACCGCACUAACCGCAACCCUUAAUACACGACAUCCUCAAGAAGAAAUAUUACAUACAUUACUUCUAGAAGCAGAACACCUCAUAAAUUCAAGACCUAUAACAGAGGUAUCCCUAGAUCCAGAUGACCAAGAAGGUUUAACUCCAAACCACUUUCUGAUUGGAAGAUCAAGCGGGCACCUUCGCAUGGGAGAUUUCACGGACGACGAACUCAUCGGCCCCCCAACAUGGAAAACAUUACAACGCCUCACCGAUCACUUCUGGAAACGCUGGCUCAAUGAAUAUCUACCCACGAUAACACCGCGAUACAACAACAAUCAAAAUGGAUUCAUUAACCCAACCAUCGGCGACAUUGUAAUAAUAAUCGAUAAUUCUCUUCCCCGAGGCACCUGGCCAAGAGGUGAAAUCAUCAAAACCUACCCCGGACCAGACGGAAAAACACGUAUAGUAGACGUGCGCACUACCGCCGGAAUACUAAAGCGAACGGUUUCCCGCCUAGUGAAAAUCGCGCAAUCUUCUUCCUCAACAUGA